GGUACCCUUUCCGGAAGUGGUUGUUGGCCGCUGCAGGGCAACACCCCGGCGUCCCUGGAAGCGGGAGCCGGGGUGGUGCUGGGGAGGCCGCGUAGAGCCGGGAGCUAGCGCCCUGGGCCUCCCGGGCUGGGGGACAGGCGUUGGAGCCCAGACCGAUCAUGGCCGGCAGACCCAUCCGCAUAGGAGACCAGCUGGUUCUGGAGGAAGACUAUGAUGAGAACUACAUCCCCAGCGAGCAUGAAAUUCUUGAAUUUGCCAGAGAGAUUGGUAUUGAUCCCAUAAAGGAACCAGAGCUGAUGUGGCUGGCGCGGGAGGGCAUUGUGGCCCCAUUGCCUGUGGAGUGGAAACCAUGCCAGGACAUCACAGGUGACAUUUACUAUUUCAACUUUUCCAACGGCCAGUCCACGUGGGACCACCCCUGUGAUGAACACUAUCGGAACUUGGUGAUCCAAGAGCGAGGCAAGCUGUCAACUCCUGGGGCCACUAGGAAGAAAGAAAAGAGAAAGAAAAAGGAAAAGAAAGACAAGAAGGAUAAGGAGACCUCCAAGAGUCCCCUGGCCGUGGGUACCUCGUUAGCCCCCAUCCAUGUUCCUCUCGGGGGCCUGGCCCCGUUAAGGGGCCUGGUGGACGCCCCACCCUCUGCUCUUCGUGGACCUCAGAGUGUGAGCCUGGGGAGCUCGGUGGAAUCCGGUCAGCUCGGAGAACUCUUACUGCCGGCACAGGGUCUCAAGCCUUCUGCUUGUACAAAAGGUCUCCUGGGCUCCAUCCAUGAGGACAAGAAUGCUUUCAGCCUCUUGGCUUUAGGGGAGGAGACCAACGAGGAGGAUGAGGCAGACAGUGACAACCAGAGUGUUCGCAGCUCAAGUGAGCUUCUUAGGAACCUGCACCUGGACAUCGGGGCGCUGGGGGGUGACUUUGAGUAUGAGGAGUCUCCAAGAGCAAGUCAGCCAGAGGAGAAGGACAUUUCUCUUGAUUCCGAUGCUGCCGGCCCCCUCACUGCUGGCAAGCCCUCCAGCCAAGGUGCAGACAGCAGCCUGAGCAGUGCUGACGGCAAAGAGCAACAGCGAAGAGAGGCAAGUUGGCUUCCAGAAAAAGGAAAGAAUGAGAAGAAUGAUCCUGGGACAUCCAGAAGUGUCGUGGACCCCGGAGGUGAUCAGCUUGCCAAUGCCACUGAAAAAGAGGCACCAGAGGACCCAGUGGACGCAGGAGAGGAGGGUUCCAGGAAGGAAGAGGCAGCUGAGGAGCCAAAGAAGGAGGCCUCUGUCCCGAGAGAGAGCAGAUCAGAGGCGAGUGAAGAGUCGGAGAUCAGUGAACACGUGAAGCAACUACAGCUCUCAGACUCCGCUGCUUCUGACCCCAAGUCUUUCCUUGGCUUGGACUUCGGUUUCCGCAGCCAGAUCUCAGAGCGCCUGCUGGAUGUGGAUGUGCACUCCUCUGUCCUGGGUGGAGCCCGCUGGGAGGCCCAGAGGUUUGGAAGAGAAGACAAGGAUGCCAGCCAGUCCAGCCAAGAGGAGCUGCAGAGCAAGCAGUCCGGAGGCUCAGAGAGGUUAUCUCCCCCUCUUCUGCGUGAGGAGCGGCUCCAGAGUCUCCUUCACAGCCAGGCCACCGAUGAAGGGCCUCCGCAGGCCCCAGAGGGGCAGCCUGAGCGGAAGGAGGCAGCAGAGCCUGAGGAGGGCUCUCUGGGCAGCUCCCCACCCUCUGUUUCCCUGCAGAGGGAGGUGCUCCCAAGCCCACCUGCCGCCCACGAGAGGGGCGAGGAACGGCGUCCCCAGGCCGAGGGGCCGGGCCCUGGGCAGGAAGAGCCCGAGGAGAAGGUGGCAGUCAGCCUCACCCCGCCAGGCUCUCCAGAGGUAGAGAAGAGGGCAAGCCCUGCCAGGCGGGGCCACGUGGGGAAGGACCAGAGUUGGUCAGGAGGGGAAAGAAGCGAGAAGGAAUUGCAUGACCCGGAGCUCUUAUUGGGGUUUUCUUGGGAAGCAGUGGGUGAGGCGGGGCGAUCUGCAGAGCCCGUGGCUCCCCGGGAGCAGCUCUCAGAGGCCGCGCUGGAGGCCACAGAAGAGGUGGUGGCCCGAGAGCUCCAGCACGAGCAGACACGGCUCCUGGAGUCCAAGCGAGAGAAGAUGCAGCGGCUGCGGGAGAAGCUGUGGCGAGAGGAGGAGGCGGAGGCCCUGCAGCUUCACCAGCAGAAAGAGAGGGCGCUCAGUUCCCUGAAGGAGCAGCUUCAGAGAGCCACCGAGGAGGAGGAGACCCAGAUGAGAGAGCAGGAGAGCCAGAGGCUGUCCCGGCUCCGCGCCCAGGUGCAGUCCAGCUCGGAGGCUGAUGAGGACCAAAUCAGGGCUGAGCAAGAGGCUUCCCUGCAGAGGCUGCGAGAAGAGCUGGAGUCUCUGCAGAAGGCCGAGAGGGCCAGCUUGGAAGAGAGGAGCAGGCAGAUGCUGGAGCAGCUCAGGGAAGAGAUGGAGGCUUCGGAGAAGAGAGAGCAGGCUGCCCUGAACGCGGAGAAGGAGAGGGCCUUGCAGCAGCUGAGGGAGCAGCUGGAAGGGGAGAGGAAAGAAGCAGUGGCAGCGCUGGAGAGGGAGCACAGAGAGGAGCUGGAGCGGCUCUCCUCCUCGCUGGAGGCCAAGCAUCGGGAGGUGGUCUCCAGCCUCCAGAAGAAGAUGGAGGAAGCUCACCAGAGAGAGGAGGCCCAGCUGCAGGAGAGCCUUGGGUGGGCGGAGCAGCGAGCCCAUCACAAAGUGUACCAGGUGCUGGAGUACGAGCAGGAGCUCAGCGGCCUCCUGAGAGAGAAGCGCCAGGAGGUGGAGCGGGAGCACGAGCGGAAGAUGGACAGGAUGAAGGAGGAGCACCAGCAGGUGGUGGCCGAGGCCAGGCAGCAGUACGAGGCUGAGGAGAGGAAGCAGCGGGCUGAGCUCCUCCGGCACCUGACGGGAGAGCUGGAGCGCCUGCGCAGGGCCCACGAGCGAGAGCUGGAGUCGGCGAGACAGGAGCAGGACCGGCAGCUGGAGGACCUGCGGCGGCGGCACCGGGAGCAGGAAAAGAAGCUCCAAGAUUUAGAGGCGGAACUUGAAACCAGAACCAAGGAUAUCAAGGCCCGAUUGGCUCAGCUGGAUGUCCAGGAGGAGGCGGCCCGGAAAGAGAAGCAACAGCUCCUCGAAGUGCAGAGGCAGGUCGCGCUGGAGAGCGAGGAAGCCACAGCCACCCAUCAGCACCUGGAGGAGGCCAAGAAGGAGCACACCCACCUGCUGGAGUCAAACCGGAAGCUCCGAAGAAUCCUCGAGGAGCUUCAGGCCCGCAAGUUGGAGCUGGAGUCCCAGGUGGAGCUGCUGCAGGCCCAGAGUCAGAGGCUGCAGAAGCAUGUCAGCGACCUGGAGGUCAAAGUUCAGAAGCAACAGGACUUGUUGAAAGAGCUGGAGAUAAAGGAUAGUAAUGCUUCCCCACAUUUGGAGCCUGAUCUCCACCUCGAGGACCUGAGGAGAUCCCCCCAGACGAGCAAGGAGACUGCCUUAUCCUUGGACAGUGCUCGGCACUAUGUCUCUGCUGAGGGGGUGGCUCUCCGCAACGCCAAAGACUUCCUGGUGCGACAGUCACGCUCCAUGCGGAGGCGGCAGACAGCUCUGAAGGCUGCCCAGCAGCACUGGCGCCAGGAGGCGGCCAAAGACCUACCAGGCACCACGGCCCUGGAGGAGGAGACUAGGCACCUGGAUGAGACGAAGUUGGCCAUGCGGAAAGGCCAUGACCUGCUGAAGAAGGAGGAGAAGCUGCAUCAGCUGGAGUCCUGUCUCCGGGAAGAGGCUUCAGAUGAGGACACUUUGAGAGGACCCCCCCCAAAGAAGGUGGUGACCUUUGACCUCAGUGACCUGGAAGAUGGGAGCAGUGACAGUUCCGACUCCUGUCCUCUGCCUCGCCGCAACCUGACCCCGAGCCCCACCGUCCCCAACAAGAUCCACUAUCUGAGCAGCUCCCUGCAGAGUAUCAGCAGCCAGCUCAAUGGGGUGCUCGGCGUCCUGGGCAGCCUCAACACCCAGCCGCCACCACUCUUCACCUCCAUGCCUGUGCCGCCCCCCAUCCAGGCCUCCAGGAGUGCCCCAGCUCCCUCCCACCCCUCCCACCCCUCCCAGGCCCGGGGCUCAGCCUCGUCCCUGGCUCAGUCCACGUCUGCCCCAUGGACCUGGGACCCGGGGCUGGGCCCCAGGCUCUCUUCCUCUGUGGCUCAGACUGUGGACGACUUCCUGGUGGAAAAGUGGCGCAAGUACUUUCCAACUGGCAUCCCGUUGCUCAGCAGUGGCCCUGCCCCCUUGGAAAACAGGCUGGGCUAUGUGUCUGCCAGUGAGCAGCUCCGCCUCCUGCAGCGUCCCUAUUCCCGAGUCCCCGAGGUGGGCAUCUCCAACUCUCGGGACAUGAUCGCGGCUAACCAAAAGUGGCUAGAGCAUUACAAGAACCACCCUAAGUUACCUCUCUUCUCCUCGGUGCCCAAGCCAGCGGCUGGUUCCAACCUCCUGCAGCUGGACCUGGAUGAGAGCAACAGACUGAAGACCUAUCACUACUGAGGCGCUGAGCCGGGAGGGGGGUGGGGGGGGCAGCCUGGCCUCUUGCACCCAGACCAUGUGCCCUACUUGCUGCCUGCACUUUACUCCCUCUGAUAAAACAUUCUCCCGGCCUCCCCUCUGUGCUGCUUGCCUCACUUGGAACUUAGAGGAACCACGGGGGACCAGGGGAAACGGAUGGUGUGACCAGGAACAGUAAGCCACCCCUAGACUGUAACAGCUCAGGCCGCCCUGUGUGACUUCUGCGUGAACCUGGCGACACUGACGUGGGGCAGCGCCUUCAGGAGACAGAGGUGGCGCUGGCGGAGCUCCUACUUCAGAGGCCAGGGGACUCCCUGGGAGUGGAAACAGUCUCUUGGACCCGUGGGGCCCGCUUGGAGCUCUCAGGGUCACAUGUGUGGUCCCUCACUCCCCAGAACAAAGUCCCCCCGGCAUGUUUGUACUCUGGGACCAGGGCCCGCCUCUCUAAUACCUCAGCCCUGUAGAGAUCAAGCUUUUUUUUUUUUUUUUUUUAAACCGUCCCCUUUCCUGAGCACUCUGUCUUACCUUUUGACUUAUCUCAGGAUUGGACCCAGAGCCCUGUGGGCGGUGGCUGGACACUGGCCCCAGAAGUCUUGCCACCGGUCUUCCUUCUGCUCGUCCUGGGCUUUCCUCAGGGGCAUGUCCUUCCCCCCGCCCUGGGGCUCCUCCCCAGAGCACCCCAGCUACAUUCUCAGGUAUCAAGCACCCAGCUUCCAGGAAGCCAGUGAGCCAUAGGAAGAGACCAGGAGGGCUUACCUUGGUUUCGUCUUCCUGGAUCACCUCGGGUAUAUAUGUGUGUGGUUUCCAUCUGUCUUUUCCACCUGUGCCACCCCUGCCGCCCCUUCUCAGAGCCUGGGCACUUGUUCUGAAGGAGGUGAGGGGCUGGGCCCAUGCCUGCCAUCUGGCACAGCACCCUGCUACCCUUCCCAUGUCAGCGGGCCCCUUGAGGGGACAUGCUGGGGUGUUCAACAUCUGCCCCAUCGUUUAAAUGCCCCCCUUUUUCUCAUCUUGAAAGCUGUGGGGGUUCCUCUCCAAUGCCUAGAAACCACCUCUCCACCAUCCCACUCCUCGUUUCUUUCUAUAAGGAACUAAGAUGUCAUUGGCUUGUUUACCUGCAGGUCCUUUUUCGGCAUCAGUCUGCCACAUAGGAUGUCCAUUUUGUUCAUUCUGUGUGCUUUGGGAAUAGCUCAUGUGCUGCAACCAACUUUGGUGACAAUCCUGUGUUUUCUACAUCAAUUAAAUCUCUGCAGGUCCAUUUGCUACACA